CACCUGGAAAUGGCUCAAAACAAAAAAUGAUGGAAGGGCUGAAACGAGAUAAGAUCAAAUUGAUGUCAUGGUAAUUACACAAAGUACCAUUCAAUCAUUGGAUGGAAUUUACUGUUGAUCCCUGGACUUAGAUGCAGGUGGGAACAUGCAGUUUUUAUUACUCUGCUGGUAUAUAAGACAGGUGAGGACUUUAUUAAGAGCAGUUACUGAGAAAUCACAAGACGAAGCUAAAAUCCCUCUUCAGAUCCACAGUCAACUGCCCUGACCACAUCCUGCAAAAAAUCCAGAGGAAGAAGAGCCAUGGAUUACUACAGAAAAUAUGCAGCUGUCAUUCUGGCCACAUUGUCUGUGUUUCUGCAAAUUCUCUAUUCCUUUCCUGAUGGAGAGUUUACAAUGCAGGGCUGCCCAGAAUGCAAGCUAAAGGAAAACAAAUACUUCUCCAAGUUGGGUGCCCCAAUCUAUCAAUGCAUGGGCUGCUGCUUCUCCAGAGCAUACCCCACUCCAGCGAGGUCCAAGAAGACAAUGUUGGUCCCAAAGAACAUCACCUCAGAAGCCACAUGCUGUGUGGCCAAAGCAUUUACCAAGGCUACAGUAAUGGGAAAUGCCAGAGUGGAGAAUCACACUGAGUGCCACUGCAGUACUUGUUAUUAUCACAAAUCUUAAAGAGUUUGCAAAGGGCCGUGUUGAUGACUGCUGAUUUCCUGGAGUGGAACAUUAAUUUGUUCAGUGUUUAUGACUUUGCAAGAUAAAACCCUCCUUUUCCUGUCCGUACCAUGUUUUACACGCUUUAAGAAUAUACUGCAGCUUUAUUGCCUUUCUCUUUAUCCUACAGUAUAAUCGGCAGUCUUGUUCUUUUCAUUUGGAAUGAAAUACAGCAUUUAGCAUGACCAUAAAAAGCUGGUUCCGCUGGAAAUAAAGUCUUUUAAAUCAUCA